AUGUUGCCCCUCACCUACUUGUUUGUCUUAGCGUGCGCUAGCGCUAGUGCUCAAGCUGCGAUACCUCGUGGCAGUGCCACCCACGUGCAAAUCGAGAAACGGUUCAGCAAUGCGCGAUUUACCUUUUUUGAUACUGGGCUUGGUGCAUGUGGCUCGACCAACGUCGGAAGCGACUUUAUUGUGGCACUAAAUUCCGAGGUAGGAGACGUUCACGUUUCCCGACAAAAACUAAAAUCCAGCCAAAAGCAAUACGGAAAUGGUGAACACUGUUACAAGAUGAUCGAGAUAACCUACAAAGGGAAGACAAAACAGGCUCAGAUAGUCGAUAUGUGUCCUGGUUGCGGUUUUGGCGCUCUCGACUUUAGCACUGGCUUAUUCGAUUACUUUGCUUCGGAGGACCUGGGUGUCAUAUACGGCAGUUGGAAGUUCCUCGAUGGAACUGUGACGACGACGACGCAGAAAACCACAACAAGACCAUUGCCUACAAGAACAACCAGUCACAUUCAGCUUCCCAUAUCGAGUACAACACCUAAACCUAUGGUCUCUCCGGUUGCACCGGCAGUUUUAGACGAUGUGCGACUUGCAUUAUCCGCCUUAUUGGGUGUUGUUUCUAUUGGGGCAUAG